GUUUUUCUAAACUUAAGGGAGGUCGCAGCAAAUUCCCUUUCAUGCGUAAGCAUAACCUUUUCCCUUUUGGUAUUCGAAGUUUCUCGUUAUUACAAUUAUAUGUCUCUAGCUUAUUAGCCGCCGUUCCCAUCUCGGCGGUCGUGAUUCUUUUACCUCGGGGUCAAAAUUCCUCAUUCAAAUUCGUCUUUUGGGAAAUUAGGGUUCUUCUGUCCAAUUCGAUUCGAAAUCCCUGUGAAGCUCCUUGCUUUGGUCGGCUCGUGAAAAUCGAUUGCGCUUUUCUUGGAAAUUAGCAAUGGGGAAGAAUGAGUUCUUGACGCCAAAGGCAAUCGCGAACAGAAUCAAGGCCAAGGGAUUGCAGAAGCUCCGGUGGUACUGUCAGAUGUGCCAGAAGCAGUGCCGGGACGAGAAUGGCUUCAAAUGUCAUUGUAUGAGCGAAUCCCACCAGCGCCAAAUGGAAGUCUUUGGGCAAAACCCUCACCGGAUAGUCGAGGGUUACUCGGAGGAAUUUGAAUCGGCCUUCCUUGAGCACAUGAAGCGGAGCCACCGUUCCAGUCGUGUCGCCGCCACCGUGGUUUACAACGAGUAUAUUAAUGACCGGCAUCACGUCCAUAUGAAUUCGACUCAGUGGGCCACUUUGACGGAGUUUGUCAAGUAUUUAGGGCGGACUGGAAAGUGUAAAGUUGAUGAGACUCCGAAAGGUUGGUUUAUUACCUACAUUGAUCGUGAAUCCGAGACGCUGUUUAAGGAGAAAAUGAAGAAUAAAAGGAUUAGAUCCGAUUUAGCGGAUGAGGAAAGGCAGGAGAGGGAGAUUAAGAAGCAGAUUGAGCGCGCUGAGCAGUUCAUGCCUGCUAUUAGUAACGAGGAUGAGGCGCUUCAGGAGAAAAAGUUGUUUGAGAAGUCGGAGAAUGAGAAAAUUAAACUGAGUUUGGGAACCUCGUCUCUGGCGAAGACUAGCAAUUCUAAGGAUAGGCCGCCCGAGAGCUCGAGAGCUGUUGUGUUUAAGGAUGAUGAUGAGGAUAAAAGUGAGGGAAUAAAGGGCAAUGGGAAGAGCAGUCUUGGGAAGUCAGCAUUAGCUGAAUUGAUGAAGGAAGAGGAGAGGGCGAAGGAACGAAGUAAUAGGAAGGACUAUUGGUUGUGUGAGGGAAUCAUUGUGAAGGUUAUGAGUAAGCCAUUGGCGGAAAAGGGUUAUUAUAAGCAGAAGGGUGUCGUGAGGAAGGUUAUUGAUAAGUAUGUUGGGGAGAUUGAGAUGCUUGAAAGUAAACAUGUGUUAAGGGUUGAUCAAGAAGAGCUGGAGACUGUGAUUCCUCAAAUUGGAGGAGUUGUGAGAAUAGUAAAUGGAGCCUACCGCGGAUCAAAUGCCAGGUUGCUUGCGAUCGAUACUGAGAAAUUCUGCGCCAAGGUGCAGAUUGAGAAGGGCAUAUAUGAUGGUCGGGUUUUGAAGGCAAUUGAAUAUGAAGAUAUUUGUAAGCUGGCUUGACGAAUUCAUUGAUCAGGAUAUCUUAAACAUCACUUUAAAAGUUUGGUUACUCAUUGACUGGAGUUUGAAGAUGGAAUCAUUUUUUCUUUUCCUCGUGUCCAAGGAUUUUAGACUGGUUGAAGCUCUAGGAAAUGCUAAGAUUCUUUUGGAGAAUAAAGCCUUAAAGAUGGUGGAGAACAAAGUUGCUGCAGGUCCAAUGAUGUCAAAUUGCAUGAUGAAGCAAAUUUUAGAUACAUAUAGAGAAAGAGAGGCAUUAAGUUCGAGCAAGAAAAGCCAGUGGAAGUUGUAUCUGGUUCAAUAGUAGCAUCAUGGAAGAUGUAGCCAUCAAGGAAACAAGAAUAUGCUCCGGGGAUGGAUUAGUCCUGAAGUUAAUGCCUCCAGAAUUUGUCAGAAUAUCCUGUAGUCAAAAGAAGCAUCAAGCUUCCUUCUUGAAAAGCUCAGUAAAGAAGAUAGGCAGCCAGAUUCUUGAUAAGAAUUUUGCUUAGCCCAUAGAUCAAACGGGUGAGUUCCUUCCCAAGGCUGACAAGUUUCCUUAGAGAACACUAGAAUUUGCACCAAUCAGACUACAGGGUGGAAGCUUUGCUUACAAAAUAGGGAACGGAAGGUUUGAACUUGUUGAUGUCUCUGAUAUGACAUAUUAUGUGGAGAUUCAGACUACAGGGUGGAAAGCUUUGCUUAGGGUUGACGGAAAGUUUGAAGCUGUUGAUGUCUUGGAAUAACAUGACGAUUCAUGUGGAGAGUCCUAUAUGUUCCUGAACCUGAAUCAAAUGGAAUCGUCGUCUUUCAGGAAGAAUUGCUUUUCCAGUUUCUAUCAGUUGUGGGCAUAAUUGAUGUUUAAGGGCAUGUUAGAGAAAGCAUCACUUACUUUGAGACUGAUUGAGAUGAUGAAGUUGAGAUUGAUUUGGGCAAUGGGAGGCUUACCGGAUGUAGCAAUUAACGUGGAUAGUAGAGAUGAAAGUUGAAACAAUCUGUGUAUUCCCUCAUUAACUAGGUUCCUGAGAAGGGUAAGCUGAGUGACUCUUUUGCUGGAGAAAGAGAGUUCCUCAUGGGAGUCGUUGUUAGAUGUAGCACUUACCCAGACAAUCACAUGCAAUGUAAAGUAGUAUAAAAUAGGUCGAGGUUAUCAUCACGUUACCAAAAGGUGCUGUUGUCGAAGAAGGAACUGUGUAUUUUGCCAGGAAAGACCAGGAAGGCACUGAUUAAAAUUUGCUACCACCACCUGAAAAAUUUUAUUUUCAGAUUAGAAUCUUUUGAACUCUAUCCGUCCAAUUCAUUGAGAACCAUGUAACUGCCACUCCUGAAAACAAUCUACCCAUUUUGUCAAUUUCCUGUUCAUAAGGAGUCGAGCGAUCCUGUUACAAGGAUAAAUUUUGAUAUAUGGCAAGAUUUGUGGUUUAUGAUCUUACAAAGUUCAAAAGAUCUGCCUAAUGGGAAGACAUGAGAUAACAUGAAAACCCCGCAAUUAUCUCUACUCCAACUUAAUAGAUAAGAAAAUGUGGCAGACGAAAUACAAAGCCGAAAGGAAACCUAAAGUUCCGAGCAUAAGAAAGAAUCCGUAGCAGAUGCAAGCCAUGUAGCCCAGGAAGAAUGAAGUUUGGAUGAAGCUAAACAUCUCAGAUUGACAGUAGAACAAGCAGUAGAUAAAGAUGAAGAUGCCAGUUGAUCCACCACAGAGAAACGACCUGUGAAAAGUUUAAAGCAUAUUUGUCAUAGAUUAGUGUACAAAGUUGCAAACUUGGUUUUCAAAUAUGAAAAGUAAUGUGAAGGUUUGAGUGAAAACGUUAUCUGUCUACUUGUAUUU